UGUUGUGGGCCAGAAAAGGGGUUUUAGGUUUGGCGGUGUUUGACCGUUGUAAAAACAAAGAAGUAAGUGAGAGGAGGCAGAAAUCUAGAAUGAGGAGAGCAUAAACAAAUGAGGGGAGGGCGGUGGUGUCAGUUUUAAGCAACUUGAGGGUUUUAAUUCUUUUUUACUUUCGUUUUUCUGGCUUUGAGAGAAUUGUAUAUGUUUGGCAUGGUCUGUUGGUGAUGUCUUGUGUCUCCUGAGCUGGCCCUGUUUCUCCGUGGUCAUUGGGUUUCUGUUACUAAUUCAGGAAGCAACUCCCUUCUUUUGGUCUCUUUUCAUUCAAGUGAACACUUUGUUGAAAAUCUUUGAUCCCAUUUACUCUUUACUUUCUUCAGCCUUAGUUUGUGGGGAAGAUUCGGUCUAACUAGGAAAAACACCAAAGUUUUCUGAGAUCUAUUUUUCUUUUUUAACCUUGAGCAUCUAAGCUCAUCAGCUGUUCAAUUCUCGGUUUCUGGUCUUCUUAAUAUUUUUCUGGGGAAUCCUGAUUUCGGAUUGGCAGUAACGGUCAAAGUUUGAAGGUCUAGGUGGUAUCAGGAAUUGUGUGGAGGAAAAAGAGAUCUAUUCUUUGCCAAGAUGAAGUUCAUGAAACUUGGAUCCAAACCUGAUUUCUUUCAGACAGAGGGGGAUAAUAUUAGAUAUGUGGCAACUGAGCUGGGGACUGAUGUUGCUAUUAAUGUUGGAGAUGUGAAGUUUUAUUUGCAUAAGUUCCCACUUUUGUCCAAGAGCGCACGCCUGCAGAAACUGGUGGCAACAACAAAUGAUGACAACAGUGACGAAAUCCACAUCCAUGAUAUUCCAGGUGGACCGGCUGCUUUUGAAAUAUGUGCCAAGUUCUGUUAUGGUAUGACAGUGACUCUCAAUGCAUACAAUGUGGUUGCAACUUUAUGCGCAGCAGAGUACCUUGAGAUGUAUGAAACUGUUGAGAAAGGAAACCUUGUCUACAAAGUUGAAGUUUUCCUAAGCUCUAGCAUCUUCCGAAGCUGGAAAGACUCGAUCAUUGUUCUUCAAACGACAAGGUCUCUUCUUCCCUGGGCUGAGGAACUUAAGGUAGUGAGCCAUUGCCUAGACUCCAUAGCAUCCAAGGCUACCAUUGAUACUUCCAAGGUGGAAUGGUCAUAUUCGUAUAACCAUAAAAAGCUGCCAUCUGAGAAUGGGAAUGAUCCACUAUGGAAUGGUGUAGGUAAACAGCAGAUGGUUCCAAAAGACUGGUGGGUAGAAGACCUCUGUGGGCUUCAACUUGAUUUAUACAAACGGGUGAUAACAAUAAUCAAAACCAAAGGAAAAAUAUCUGCUGAUGUAAUUGGGGAAGCCUUGAAUGCAUAUACUGUCAGAAGGUUAUCAGGUAUUAGCAAGGGUAUGAUUCAGGGUGGUGAUGUUGUAAAAAAUAGAUCAUUGGUGGAGACUGUCAUCUAUCUGCUUCCUACAGGGAGUGUUCCUUGCAGUUUCUUACUAAAGUUGUUAAAAGCAGCCAUCUUGUUAGAAUGUGGAGAAAUGGAAAAAAGUGAAUUGAUGAGGAGAAUUAGCCAGCAACUUGAGGAGGCUACAGUUUCUGAUCUUUUAAUUCGAGCCCCAGCUGACGAAGAAAUGAUGUAUGAUGUUGAUAUAGUGCACAGGCUAAUUGAAGAAUUUGUGAUACGUGAUCAAAGUGCUCAGACAGAUCCUUCAUUGGAAACUGAAUUCCAGGAGAUCAAAACCCCCAGGAUCCUAUCAGAUACUUCAAAGGUGAAGGUAGCAAAGCUGGUUGAUGGCUACCUUGCCGAAAUUGGACGUGAUCCCAACUUACCAGUGUCAAAAUUUGUCAGUCUUGCCGAAAUGGUUUCAAGCUUCCCACGUUCAUCUCAUGAUGGAGUUUACCGUGCCAUUGACAUGUUUCUGAAGGAACACCCGGGGAUCACCAAGAGCGAAAAGAAGAGAGUAUGCAAAUUAAUGGACUGUAGAAAGUUAUCAGCAGAAGCCUGCACACAUGCUGUGCAAAAUGAGCGGCUACCCUUGAGAGUCGUUGUGCAGGUUCUUUUCUUUGAACAAGCUAGGGCUUCAGUGGGUGGAAACAGUACACCUGAUCUACAUGGAUCCAUCAGAGCCUUACUCCCUGGUGGGUCUCAUGGAAGCUCAAGAUCCACUACAACCAACACAGAAGAGGACUGGGAUGCUGUGCCAACCGCCGAGGAAAUCAAGGCUUUAAAAGGGGAGAUUUCUACACUAAGGUUAGGUGACGGUAAUGAGGGAGUUGGCAAUGAUAGAAAUGAUCAUCAUGGUGCUAAAAACCAAUCUGAAAAAGUUGCUGCCAGCAAAAUGAAAGGGUUGCUCAUGUCAAAGAAGAUAUUCUCUAAGCUCUGGUCAAACAAAGAGAGGAAUGGUGAAAGCAGCUCCGAUACAUCGGAGAGUCCUAGUUCCAUCAAUGCUGAAGAAACAAAAUCUCAUUCCAGGAGUAGGAGGCGCUCAUUAUCUUAGUUACUCAUGACAUGAAUGUUUAUUAGUAGAUCCGAAGUACAAGUUGUUGACUUGUAAAAUCAUCUUGCUCAUCUAUGGUGAGGAGAUUAGGAUGACUGACAUCUUUUAGCUGAUGUUCCACUGGGGUUUUGAGCAAAAGAGGUCAUAUUGUUGAGCAAAGGAGACAAGAAACUUCAUUCCUGCAGGUAGGGUUCAUUAUCACGUUUUGUUCUCAGCAAAUAUAUUGGUGGUUUUUUUGUAUCAAUCUGGGUUUAGAUGCUGAUCUAUAAAAAUAUUAUUAGAAGGUCUU